ACGUAUUCGCUCGUUGAAGAUUCUCAACUGGAAACGAUGCAAUGCUUGAGGGAACGUAUGAAAACUGUCACAGACCAGACGGCAUUUGCUGCGCAAACUUCGGAUGAAUCUCCUUCGAAAUCGCGUCAAUCCAACGCUGGUUCACUACCAAACAUUAAUCAGAUUCAGUUUAUUCAACUGNUUCGAACACUUUUACUACAGUUGGGUGAAACCCACAAAUGGCCUCAAAAACGUUUGGAAACAGAUUUGGCUGAUGCUAUCGAAACAAUUGUUGAUGGGAGUGGUGCUGGUGGUGGUGAGAGUGGUGAGGAAGGCACCCCUGAAGACUCGAUGAAAACAACAACUCCCGGUGAUGUGGCUUGCCAGAUGGAAUCUAAAUCCCAGAAGACACCCGAUUCCCAGAAUGAACCAGUUUCGUCGAGCAGUGGUGAUCUGAAAUCAUGUUUAAUGGAUGACGAAUGGAGGCUGAACUGUGAGCAGAUCGUAGCAUCGAUUCUAACUGAACCGUCGUUGGCAGGAUUCUUCGAUCAGAGAUACUCGAUAUGUGAUCUAGUGCACGAGUAUCGCAAGGAUCGCUACACAACUCCUUCGACUCCANAUUGUUUGAAGACACUGUAUGAAAUGACUAUGGAAUAUUAUUAUUAUUGGAAUAUUAUUGUCUCGAAUUGGUAA